CCCGCGCGCUGUCUGUCGCGCGCGCAGGGGCGGGGCUUGAGCGGGGUCUGACCUGGAGUCUGAUCCAGUCUGGUUUUACGCACAGACCGGACAGUCCGCGCGCGGAUCUACAGCGCGUGGCUCCAUUCUGCGCGGAAAGCGGGACGAGCGGAAGACGACAGGAAGGAAGGAGGAAGCGGAAAAGUCACGGAAGAGAGUUCCGCGGGAAAAGUGCGCGCGCGCUCCUCUCCAUCUCACGCAUGUCGCUCCCCGGAUCCCCGCCGCUGCUCUCGCCGGGCUCGGGCGCCCCGACCCCGGUGGGGCUGUACCGCUCCGGCCCGGAGGGGCUGCACGCCUCCGCCGCCCCCACCGGCACCUCCAGCCCCGCGCACGGGAACUCGCACGCGCUGUCUUCGUCCCCGCGGCUCUCCGGCGGCAUGCUCAGCGCCUUCCUGCCCGCGCUGGGGAACGGGGGCGGCGGCGCCGCGCUGGGACCCCUCGGCGGGCUGGGCUCCCUGACCCCCGGCCCCCCCAGCCUGGUGCACGCGCCGCCCGGCGCGGGUCUGGGCAGCGAGUGCAAGCUGGUGGAGGUGCACGGCGUGAAGGUGGCCAGCUUCAACGUGGACGGCCACGAGCUGAUCUGCCUGCCGCAGGUGUUCGACCUCUUCCUGAAGCACCUGGUGGGGGGGCUGCACACCGUCUACACCAAGCUGAAGCGGCUGGACAUCACGCCGGUGGUGUGCACGGUGGAGCAGGUGCGCGUCCUGCGCGGGCUCGGCGCCAUCCAGCCCGGCGUCAACCGCUGCAAGCUGAUCUCCAGGAAGGACUUCGAGACGCUGUACCAGGACUGCACGAGCGCCAGCUCUCGCCCGGGCCGUCCUCCCAAGCGCUGCUCUGGUGCAGGGAUCCAGGAAAGCCCCAGGCUGCUGCACCCGGGACUGCCAGGCCUGCUGUCUCCCAACCUGCUGUCCCACACCGGCCUAACAGCAGCCGCCAUGGCCGAGCUCCAGAAGCUACAAAAGAUGAAGAUGAUGAUGAGUUUGCAGAACGGCAAUGAGUCCGACAACGACGACCUGCACUCCAACACAGGAGGGAGCGAGUGUUCCUGGGAUAAGGAGCGUCUGACCAGCCCCCCUGCUGGAGCCCACGGCGGAGGCCCCGGAGGAGGAGGCGGAGGAGCCGCGCCGGCGGCGGGAGGAGGAGCCGGAGGAGGCGGGAGCGCGGCAGGAGGCGCGGGGAGGGGUCCUGGCCUCGGCGCUGUCAAUCAGCAACAACUGCAGCAGCAGCAGCUACUGGCCAACAGACUGGACCUGCCGUUCAUGAUGAUGCCCCACCCGCUACUGCCCAUGGGGCUGCCGCCGGCCUCCGUUGCCAUGGCGAUGUCCCAGAUGAACCACCUCAGCACCAUCGCCAACAUGGCCGCCGCCGCCCAGCAGAUACACACCCACGCACACCGCGCACCUGUCAUCAAGGAACGAGUGUGUGACAGUCCCUCUCUUUCUCCAUCUGUCGAUGACACCAACACUCCUCUGCAGUCGCAGCCCAGCAGCUCCGCCUCCAGCUCGCCGGAACGACUGGGAUUGGUGUCGGCUGAUGCUGAUGCUGCGCUGACCAACUCUGCGGCGCCCAUCAAGAAAAUAACAAAGGACAAAGAAGAGUCUCCGCUGACCCAGACUCUGCCUCCUGGAUUUCCCGCUCCGUUCCUGUUUGCUGACGGCUUGUCGUCGGUGGAGACUCUGCUCACCAACAUUCAGGGCCUGCUGAAGGUGGCCGUGGAGAACGCCCGAGCGCAGGACAAACAGAUCCAGGCGGAGAAAAGGGAGCUGAAGAUGGAGCUGUACAGGGAACGGGAGAUGAGGGAGAGUCUGGAACGACAGCUGAACUCUGAGCUGCAGAGCAGAGCCUCCAUCCAGAAGCGACUGAAGAAGGAGAAGAAGGCCAAGAGGAAGCUGCAGGAGGCGCUGGAGUUCGAGUCCAAGAGGAGGGAGCGCGUGGAGGACGCUCUGAAACACUCGUCUUCAUCCUCCCCUUCUCCUGAGCCCCCGCACGCCGCCAACAACACCGCCAAGAACGCAGACGCUGCUGUAGCCGCGGAUAAACCUGAAAUUAAUGGGAACCAGCAAGACAACGGCGCUGUGCAAGAGUCCCGGCCGUUCCUGAAGACCCCGCUGAUGUUCUAGAAACCGACCGGAAACAACUACACACACCUGCACAGAAGAACUCCCCCGGCCCGAUUCAGCAGGCAUUCUCGCUUCCACGGGAGCCUGGAUCGCCACGGCAACAACUUUCUCCAACUUUUGACGCAAAGCGACUUUUUGGGCGCCGCUUUGACAAGACUACUGAGGGGCAGAACUCCCUCCUUUUGGACUGGCUUUUCUCUACUUUGUCUUUCUUGCUCUUUUUAGACGGACUUCACCCAGUUCAUGUGUUUCUGUCCCUGAUCUCACUUCGUUUCUUAAGAUGAACUAUGAAUUAAUCAUUCCCGAUAACAACUGAAGGAAACAGAGAUGCUAGCGCGCCUUCGGAAGACUGAUCAUGUUGGUUUGAAGGGAAGGACCGGUCGGUUGCCCCUCUAGAUGUGGAGGAAACUUCUACUUCUCUGGCUGGCUGUUGACUCCUCAGACUAAUCGGCCAAUCGGAGGAGCCGAAGAGGAACGUCUAAAAAAAAAGUGUUUAAAAAAAUCUGAAAGAAAAACUGAAGAAAAAAAGACAAACUGUGGAGGCUAUUUCAGUCUCACGUUUGAUUCAUUUUUGUUUUCCAUACAGGGACUGAAGCGAACGCAUGGGAAAACUUUUGCUGUCAUUGGGCUUAUUUUAACCUUUGGACUCUCCUUGCCUCCAACUUCCCCUCCCCCGAUAGACUUGGCUUCAGUUUAUCGGGGGAGGGAGCCGCUUUUCCUUUUUUUUUUUUUUUUUGCAUGAUUCUCCUUUUCAUGGAUUUUUCCAACCCUCCAUGUUUUCCAUUUCUGUGUAAAGGACUGAAAAGAAGUUUUAAGUGUAAGAAAUAUUUUCUAAACCCCCGUAAAAAUAGAGGAAUCGGUUUCUGAAAUGACUUUUAAGAACACAAACUGUUUUUUUAAAUAUAAAGAAGUAAUUUUUUUUUCUUUUUUUGAACACCACAAUCUUACAGGUGAAUUUUGUUGCUGAAUUUUUCACUUUUUUGCUCCAAAACUUCAGGAAAGAACCUAAAAACAUGUAUUUCUAUGUUUGAUCUGCAAACAUUCGACUGUACUUUCAGGUACUUACCGGAUUUCUUAGAGCGUUAUUGUCAGGCACAAAAAAAAAAAGAAAAACAAAAAACACUUUACUUCCUUCACUUUCUAAAGUACUAAAAGUGCAGAUGUUGUGUUGAAGUUGUUUUUUUUUCACUGCGUGUUCUGUUUCUUUGUUGAUGACUCUGAAAUGUGUGUGGGAGGAACAGGGGAGGGCGGCGCUGUCGGGUGGGACUCGGGGUCAGUGGAUAUUGUGUAGAUAGGGACUACAUUCAGCGUUUUCUUGAGUUUUUGAGUUUUUCCUCCUGAUGAUCUCUCAGUCUGUCACUGUUCUGAGUUUGAACUGACUGAAAAUAUACAGUAUUAUAAUGA